ACGACAUAUGGUGCCGUGAAUGCCUCCAAUUAAGAGUUGUUGAUAAAUAUAUAUAAAAAAAAACAGAAAAUUAAGGAAUCAAUCAACACAACAAUGGUUAUCACGGUUGGAAGAGGCUUCCUUCUCCAACCUUGUUCUUGUUCUUCUUCACACAUAUUCCAUAACAAAAUAUAUAAACCCUCGUUCGGCUCGGCACCUGCAUUUUGGUCUACUUCUUCACCUCGACGUUAUCGACAGGUUGCGGUCCAAGCCCAGCAGCGACCAACAUGGCUCCCCGGACUUGACCCUCCAGCUUAUUUGGAUGGCACUUUGGCUGGUGAUUAUGGGUUUGACCCGCUCGGACUAGGAGAAAAUCCAGAGAGCUUAAAAUGGUAUGUUCAAGCUGAGUUGGUCCAUGCUCGCUUUGCCAUGGCUGGUGUUGCUGGAAUUUUAUUCACUGAUUUACUACGCAUUACAGGGAUCAGCAAUUUACCGGUUUGGUACGAAGCUGGUGCGGUGAAAUUCGAGUUUGCAAGCACAACAACUUUGAUUGUUGUUCAAUUUCUUUUAAUGGGGUUUGCUGAAACAAAAAGAUACAUGGACUUCAUCAGCCCUGGUUCUCAAGCCAAAGAAGGAUCUUUCUUCGGAUUGGAAUCUGCACUAGCAGGUUUAGAACCCGGAUACCCUGGAGGUCCCCUGCUGAACCCUCUUGGUCUGGCCAAAGAUAUUAAAAAUGCUCAUGAUUGGAAGCUGAAAGAGAUAAAAAAUGGACGACUAGCGAUGGUAGCAAUGCUAGGGAUCUUUGUGCAAGCUUAUGUGACACAUGCAGGUCCAAUUGAUAACCUUGUGGAGCACCUUUCGAAUCCAUGGCAUAAGACCAUCAUUCAAACCCUUUCUAGCUCCUCUUCUUGAUUGUUAAAUCAUUUUG